CUGUGCCCCAGCCAUCUCCGACAAUAACUACAGGGCGGGGCGGGGGGUGGGGGUGGUGUUUUCUCUGCAACUCCCGGAACCGGAAUGAGGUAGAGGACGCUCCUGCCAAACGCGAUAAAUUUUUAAGACGAGAUCAUUGGCCAAGAGCCGCCAGACCCUCUACCCCAAGGGCUACUUAGGCCGGCCUGCCUCCGCCAUGGUCACAAGAAGGGCGUCCCCUCAGCGGUUCUGUGAUGGCGACAGCCCCGAGCUGUGGAAACUCGACUCCUCUGGGAAACGGACUUCUUGUCACCUGGAUGACCUCUAGCCCCGGGCUGCACCCAGAGUCCAGAUUUAGCAGUAAAUCUACGCUAAGGUUUGAAGGACGGAGGUGACAAGUUGUUGUGUGGCUGCCAGGGCUAACACCAUGACAGGCGGCCCGGACCUAAGUCUCGGUUUCCCCCGAAAUGAGUGGCCCGCCUUCCAGGUUGGAUGGCCUCUGGAAGGCACCUUUCAACCGUCCAUCAUACAGGCUGUGAAGGAGAAGAUUAUGGCUCCGGAUCCCUGGGGCCAUCCGGGUCAGCUGUUGCAGGUGCUCUUCACCACAGAAGAACGGGAGCGAGUUCUGGCAGAGGCGCGGAAAUGGGUCCUGGGGGCCGACGGGAGGCCAACCGCCCAGCCUCAUCUCGUGGACGAGGGGUUUCCUCUGUUGCGGCCUAACUGGGAUUUUGAGCGAGCGGAAGGUAGGGAGCGUCUUCGAGUGUACCGCCAGACUCGGAUGACUGGCCCGCGGGCCGCAGCAAGAAAGCCGACAAAUUUGGCAAAGGUAAAUUUAGUAAGGCAAGAGCCCGCUGAGAGCCCGGCAGCCUUCCUAGAGAGGCUGAUGGAAGCGUUCAGACAAUAUACACCUAUGGACCCCCAGGCUGAGGAGUCACGCACUGCAGUUCUGUUAGCGUUUGUAAAUCAGGCAGCCCCAGAUAUUAGGAGGAAAUUACAAAAGAUAGAGGGAUUGGGAGAACAGACAAUACAGGAUCUACUGAAAGUAGCUGAAAAGGUAUUUAAUAAUAGGGAGACCACAGAAGAAAAGGAAGAACGAAUUCGACAGGAGGAAAGGGAAUUACGGCUAGCUGGGACUACGCCGCCCCCAUAUUAG